CUACGGAAGGAGAAAUAUCCGCGCCAGAGCUACACUCCCGCCCGACCACACACGCGCUCGCGUUGCUCGCUAGCUCAAUUUUCCGCAUUUUCGAGUUUGACGGGGUGGGGGGGCGCCGCCUUUUUUUUUACCACCUCUCAGGGGGCGCCACCGAACGUUCACGACCGGAAGCCCCAACAGCAGCCGUGGGGCAACUCUCAGGACGGCGUGAAGCGUGGAACAAGCCGUGAACGGAUACUGUGUGUUGGUGGAACGCCAGGACGAGUAGACUCUAUGGUGGCCGCGGGUGGUGGACUUUCGGCGCAGAUGCAAGCUGGCAACCCGCCACGAUCCGGCCACAUGUCGGCUCGGGCCAUGGACUUCUCCAUAGAUGCACUCAUCGCGGGGAGCCGGAGGAAGCGGGUCCAUCUGACGGAUGACCCCGACGGCGGGGACAGCUCGUCCGACGCUGACGUCGCCGGCGACUUCAGCCACGCUGCGAUUGCACCACUGGAAAAGCUCGUACAACGAGCCACCAGCCCUCUUCAUACCCAGCAAAGGUUGCUGGCCUGUUCCCCGGUGUCCCAACAUACUGCCAGGGAUUUCAAGUUCCUCGGACCGCGAAGAGACAGUGUGACUCGCGAGACGACGUACAGUCACGUAGAGGCAACGGUCUUAUCCCCUUCGUCGAGGUCACCGUCGUUUGUCGAAGAUGACUUUCCAGGACCAGGUACUCCUUCCAGCCCUGCAGGGUCGCCUGCGGGCCCAGGCACAUCGAACGCCGGUGAAGCCACAACAACGUGUUCGACAAUGGACUCUAGCCCAGAAAAGAGCAGUGCGAGCACUGGUAAACGUAAAGACGGCAGUGCGCCAAAUAGUAGUGGUAAAAAUGCCGGAAGGAUAGAAAACCCUCAAAUUCUACCCAGAUGUAACUGUGACGAACUGCGAAAAGUGGACGCCCAUCUGGAAACAAAGGACCUUUGGGAGAAGUUUCAUGAACUCGGGACUGAAAUGAUAAUCACCAAAACUGGAAGGCGGAUGUUCCCCACGCUGCGGGUGUCCUUCACCGGUUUGCAGUUAGAUGGGCGGUACGUCGUCUUGCUGGACAUCGUUCCCGUAGACAACAAGCGGUAUCGGUACGCGUACCACCGGUCCUCAUGGCUGGUGGCUGGCAAGGCAGAUCCACCUUCUCCUGCCCGCCUCUAUCCUCAUCCCGACUGCCCUUUCACUGGGGACCAGCUGAGGAAACAAGUCGUCUCCUUCGAAAAGGUCAAACUUACCAACAACGAGAUGGACAAGCAAGGACAUAUUGUACUCAACUCCAUGCACAAGUACCAGCCCCGAAUACAUCUAGUGAAGCUUCGACCAGACUCCAAUCCAACGGUGAUCACAGAUCUCGAAGCUGAGCAGUAUCGUACAUAUAUCUUUCCGGAAACCGUAUUCACAGCUGUCACUGCAUAUCAAAAUCAACUGAUUACGAAGUUGAAAAUCGACAGCAAUCCAUUCGCAAAAGGGUUUCGGGAUUCCUCUCGCCUCACAGAUUUUGAAGGAGAGUCCGUUGAAAACCUCCUGCGAGAGCACGCGUUCCGGCAUUCACCCUUCAGGGCGUUUAUGGCAGGAGACGUACCUCCUGAACAGCAGUUCCUAGCUUCAGCAGGCGUCCUUGGGCGCAUUCCGACGAGCAGUGAGCUUCUCCUCCUUGCAAACGGAGCUGCUGCAGCCUCAUCACCAUGGAAGCUUCCCGGCAUGCCUAUGAGCAUGGUGGACCUCAGCGCACUGAUGUCUGCACAGCAGCAGCAAUUCCAGGGUUUUCCCGGCCUGUACUUAGGCUUCCCACGGACGUUAUACCCGCAUUAUUCUGUUGUGUCCUCAAAUGUGUCGCCAAGUUCCCGCUCACCUCCAACUACCUCAUCGGCGAUGGGUGCCGCCUCUUCGAUCCCGUCACCAGCCCCAUUGUCGCCUCCUGGCAGACCUUCGCCGGGCUCUGCGACGGGCGGCUCGCCCGGUCCACAACUCGCCGCACCUGCCACGUCGCCGUACACAAAUCGUGCCCUCUAUCCUGGUCUCAAGUUCCAUCCCUAUUUUCACCCAAGACUUUUGCGAACACCUUCCGUGCCACGUGAAGGCAGCCCCGUAGACUACGACAGCGUCGUACCCCAAGUGUGAAUAACUUCGUCAGUCCGGCCCGGUGCCAAGUGCAAUAUUCCAGUCAUAUCAAAACCACACGGAACGAACUAUUCCCCUUGGACACGAAACGUCAGUGGUUAUGCAGUCACAAUAGCAAGCGUGGAAAGUAUCAAACCACAGGGAUUCUAGCGCUCGGUGUGUAAAUCUCUUUGGAGAUCGUUGUACAUACUGGUCAUACGAAACACCUUGGUCGGUUCAUUUGUUGUUGUUAGGAAAAUUUAGUUAAACGUGCAACAGGGCCGCGAACAGCUUUUAGUUGUAACGUGAUUUCUAUGAAGACAUAUCAAUGACAUAAAAUCAGAAUGCACAACAUAGUGCCACGCAGCGACGCGUCGUCUGAACAUUUUUGGCAGACACGGGACAGCGGCCUCCAUAUCUGAUCAGCAAGACAUAAUUGAGGACACCAUGAUCUAGCUAAGCGAAAAGUGCAUAGCCGUAGAAAAGUGGCAUACUAGUAUAUUUGUCCAUUAUGAUAAUCUGAAUGUUAAUCGUUCUCUGGUUCACCAAACUCACAAUCAAAACAGGAGAACUUCCAGGCUCAUUAACAGUUCCUUCUAUGGUGACCUCCAGACGACCCAAAAAUUCAAGCUUAUUUACUGCCAGACUUUGUAGUGACGUGUCCCAUUUCACUCCUGCAUUUUACGCCUCGUGGAGCAGAUAGAAGGAGAAGAACGUAUUCAUGCAAGGUAUAGCAAUGCUGACAUGCCCUGCUUGGGGUUGGGAGCUCCAUUUUUACGAACAAAUUGUAUUAGCCGUGUCUGUCCCGAUUAGUCUAUUUGCAUUCCCAAGUAAACCGACUACACAAGUGUGGAACUUUGUAGCAUAUGAAAGUCUAUGAAAAUUUGCGCAAAAUAUGUUGAUCCAUCACUAGCUACCACAAUCCCCUAUUUAUUUCACACCCAUCGCGUUUCAGAGGCGACGAAUACUUACAAGAAAUGCAAAUGGCAAGUGCGUUCUGUAACCGAUGCAGACGACACCAUAAAAACUGUCCCAUGUAGCCCCCUCUGUUGCCGUAACUGUGGUGCGAUACCUCAACUUGUAAAUAUCUGUACAAAGAAUACUGUCUCAUGAUUGUCGCGGUGUAGAUGUGCUGUUUGAAUUGCGACCAGAGCGCUUGUGUGCAUAUAUUCCAACUACUUCAGUGUUGGAGCCCGAACGUAUGUGUGUGAUAUAAAAUUUACUCGCAUCUAUUGAAAUUAAAUAGAUUCUAUCAGUGCCCCGUGAUGUAUACAGGUCUGCAUGGCCCAUUUCUUCAUUACUGUAAAUACAUGGCUCGUUUCCGUCAGUCGUUCCGUAGAAGUUCAGACUCAGAGUACCAUUUCUCGUAGGCUGUCAACACACACAAACGUACGCGUUUUUGUAUGCAUAGUGCUUGAAACAGCUGAUGUAGAUGGCAGAAAAUAAAUUAACCUGAAAACCAGGCACAA